UGAUUUUGAUGUGACUGUGACAUCUGUGAUUAUUCUGUGGCCAAUAGGAUUUGUAAUAGGUUGCUGUCAUGCGUCGUCAUAGAAACGUUUUCAAAAACUUUUAAUUUUUUUGGCCGGGAUCGACAUGGAUAUUUACGAAGGUAAACGGCAACAAGAGCAACAAUCUGCAAAGUCUUCCCGCUCGCCGUCACCGGAAUUACCAAGUCCUGCUUCAAGUGGCGAAUCUUUCCGGCCAGUACAACGGACGCCACCUCCCUCUCGUGUGGGCCCUCCGCCAUCCCCACCAGUUCCUACAAACCCGAUAGCUCCUGUCGCCCCAGAACCUUCUGGCCCUUUACCUUUAUCCCCAUGUCCUGUCUGUGGACGAACUUUUGUUCCUCAGUCGCUCGCAAAACACGUCAAAAUAUGCGAAAAAAUGACCGUGAAAAAACGAAAGACCUUCGACUCUUCAAGACAGCGACGCGAAGGCACGGACUUAGAACAAUACUUGCCAAAGAAUUUCGGUCUUCCAGAAAACAGUCCCUUCCUCGAGAAAAGUCCGCCGAACACUGCCAAAGCUGCGCCUAAACCUAAAGUUCAUUCUGUGAGAAGUGCUAUUAUGAAGCCCGCAGCCGAUCUACAAAAGUGCCCGCAUUGCAAUCGCGCGUUCGGCAUGCGAGCAUUCGAGCGUCACGUGGAAUGGUGUGCGGAUAAAGCAAAAAUCCUUCCGGCUGCGCCUGCGCAACCACCGCCUCACAUAGCUGACGCUAAACAGAGGCUAAACGCUCGCACGCAGUACAAAGCCCCUCCAGUUCGCGGAAGACGAUCAUCACAAACCCGUGAAAAGUCAUCCAACAGUCGUUCCGCGUCAGUGGAAUCCACUCGCGGUAUUUCACCACCUCGCGAAUUCGGAGACUACAGACAUACCCGAACAAGAGCAUCAGAAUCCGCCUCUAGCAAUGACUAUGAAGACAAUUCACCUCACGUUCCAGUCAUAAGAAAUUCUAGAAAUACAAAUAAUUCAUCGGGAGACGCAAAUGUAAAGGCUAGACAAGCGAGACUUGCUAAAGACCUCAGCAGCUCCAGACUUGACGAUAAUUACGACCCCUUCGUGUCAGCAGCUAGACAGAUGAAAGAACUUAUGUCCUCGGACACAAAUAUACCCAAAAAACUAAACACCUCCAAAGAUUCCAAUAAAACCUUACCUAGUUUGCGUCCCAAAGAAAAGCUAUCCACAAGCUAUCGUAGUGAUAACACGAAAAUGAUUAAAGACACUAUAAAUAAGACAUAUCAAAAAACACCUGCAUUACAACGAAUGAAAUCUUUUGGUAGCUCAACUAAUGAUAAUAGUAGUAACUCGUUUGGUGGUAGGUGUAGUUCGUUUAGAAUAAAUCGGAAUGAUAAGAAACCUAGUCAAAAACUUAAUACGACUUUUACAAAAUCUAGUAAAGAAAAUAUUAGUUCAACUGAAAAAAGUUACCUGAACCGUAGUAGUAACUUAAAUCGCUCUUUUUCCAGUUACUCAAAUUCUAGUUAUAGUACUCCAAAAUUAAAAGAUAAGAUUCCUAAAAUAUCUCAAUCAAUGCAUCAUGGUUUUCAACGCAGUAUUUCAAAAGAACCAUUGAAAUUAGAAAAAAUAUCAAAUAACAAAAUCGAAGAGCGUAAAGAUUUUGUUAACCUUGACUCUAUACUAUCUUUUGACAAUACUUCUAUGACAGACAGUAAUUAUAUAGAUCCGCGGCUAAUUAAUGAAAAUGACAAUUUGCCAAUUAAUGUUAAUACAAUAUUAAACAACCCUGAUAUAAUAAGUAGUAUGGAAUCAUUACUUACAACAGAAAAUUUACCUGCUAAAUUUGAGUCGUUUAGUUCAGCUAAAAACAAUGACAAAAAUAUAAUAAAAGACGCGACAAAUAAAUUUGAAAACAUUGAUAAUAAUUGUGGAAAUAAAGUAGAUCCGCCAUUAUUGAGUGAAUUCAGUUCCCAAUAUGAUAAAAUCAUGUCGUCGUUAGAACAGAGUAUCGCUUCAAAGACUUCAAUAAGAGAUGACGAUUCUCUUUGUGAAGACUUUGAUCUAGAAGAAUUUAUGAUAUCAUUUGAUGACGAAGUUCAUAAACAAAAAAUAGAAAAUAAACGAUCUUGUAGCUCUACCACUAGAGUAGUCGCAAAGUCAGAUCUUUCGAAUAAUGCUGGUAGCGAAACGAAAGUAGUUAACUCUCCAAAACUAGUAACUAAUGGUAGUAAUGGUUUGAUUCCUGUUAACAAAUCCAAUUCUCUUGUUUUUAGCAGUAACAAUAUCGUGAGUGAUAAAAUUUUCCCAUCCUCUAUUAAACGUUCCACUUCCCUCCUUGAUUCCAUUCAAAAGAAAACGGGAACUAAAACUGAUAAUAAUAAAGGUCGUCACAAAACUGACCAACUUGAAGAAGAUCUGAUGCAAUCUCUAAAGGAUUUUGACAAACUUUAUGAAUCUGAAAGAAAUGAAAAUCAAUCGAACAAAGUGACUGUAAACAACAAUAAAGUCAUAUAUAAUGAUAAACCUAAAAAAGAAUUUCGUCGAAAACUUGAACACAAAUCCAUCAAAAACGAAACUACCUAUAAUGGAAACUACACACCCAAUGGAAAAUCGACCAAUGACUCAGCAUAUAGCAGCCUUAAUAGAAUUUCACCAUCGAAACUUUCUUUGUGCACUGUCAAAGAUUUAAAUGGAAUUAAUUCUCUGGAACCUGUCGGUUCGGAUACAAACAGUGGCCACAAAGAUGACAUCCGGUCGAUAUCUAGUGAAGAAUUCUUAGCAAUGGAACGGUCAGCAGAGUUAGAUGAGCCGUUAACUCAUUCUCAAGUACAUAAGGACAUAGCUGCCCCUGCUAUAAGCGAUAAAAUCGCCAGUACCCGAGCAUCUUCCAAGCAUAGUCCUGAUUGGAGGUCAACACAAGAGACUCUCAGUUCGAGUGGUUCUGAAACGUCGCUACACCAACAUCGCCGAGACUCGACCCCAGCACCGCGUCUCUCCCGCUUCUGCCACGAGUGCGGAAGUAAAUUCCCCGUAGAGACUGCCAAAUUUUGUAUUGAAUGUGGUGUCAAAAGACUUGUUGUGUAAAACGAAGUGCAGAGUAGAUGAGCGAUUUUUCUAGUCUAAAUAUUUUUGAGGUGUGUGUUGCUUUGACCUGCAUUAUUGCCAUUAAUUGUGGCCUAGUGCGACGAACGUGGAAAGUUAAUAAAUGACAUAAGGGACAUAAUUAUCUGUGUUAAUUAAAAGAAAACUGAAGUUUACGAACAAAUAUAAGUAUAUUAUUAAGUAUUUAUUUAAUUUUUAAAUUUUAAAAUGGCUCUCCAUCAUUUUCAGUUAAAUAAGGAUCUACGUUAAAUUUUUAGUAAAAUCUGACGUUACUCCAUUAUAGCACAAAAAAUUAAUAAAUAUACAGUAGAACUAUCUACAAAAGAAUAAGUAAAUAACUUAAAUUGAAAAUUAUAUUUGAUGUAAUUUAUAAAUUUAAAAACAGUGUUACCUAAUUUGAUUGAUGAAACAGCCUUUAUGUAAGUGCCUUUACCUGGAUGAAAUGAUUCCACGAAAUUUACCUCAGAUCCUAUAUCCUUAUAAGAUUUUUUACAUUUUAAUUAAAUUAUCAUAACCUGGGGCCAGCAGCUUUCAGUUAUAAUAUCUGUGAUAUGUCGGAAAAAUUUAAACACAUAAUCUUGCAAGUUGAAUACAAUUGAAAAUUAAGUGCCAAUUUUGCUUUGAAUAAAAAUUUUGUGAAUCUAUAUUUUUAUUUGUUUUGUAUUUGUUGGUAAAUGUAUUUUGUUUUUAAUGAUUUAGUUGAACUUUCAAUAUUUCUAACAUUUAACAUCUCUUCUAAAUGUAGCCAUUUUAACAAGACUGAUUUAAUUUUCAAAAAUUCGAAAGUAUAAUUCUAACGUUAUUAUGAAUUGUUUUAAUAAUGAUUACAUCAUAAUAAAUUAACACUUAAA